AUGUCUUCCCUUGUGGAAUUACGGCCUGACCGGCGUCUGUUGGACUACGAUUUUGAAGGUUACAAGCUAAAUCUCCAAGCUUUGCCACAUUACACUUACGAUCUGUCUGCUCCGGUAGAUAAAGUAUAUCCUGACGAGAUACAGUACUCUUUCAUUCACGCAAAGCUCUUUGCCCUUCAUAAUCACCUGGUACUCGAUUACUGGGACUACUCAUUUAACUAUUACUACAUUGAUAAACAGCAGCAAGUGCGGUGCAUUACAUUCGAAAACGGUAGCAAAAAAUUCCAUAGCAAUGUUGUUUACGAUGUGCCAGCGCAUGAAGAGAGACGAUCUGGCCAUUUUAACCUGUGCUUAGCAUUUCCUUCAACUAACCUGGCUUUGGUGAGCGAUGGUACUGGAUAUUUGCACAUAGUUGAUACUGGCUCCAGAACACAACCAAUUUCAAAAUAUAAACCUUGGCAAACCCUGGAAUCGAGUCUCGUUUUAGGCGAAGGUAAAUAUUUCACUAUUGUCGAUGCAAGGCUGUUGGAAAAUGACAGCAUAGAAACUUUGCAUUGCCUUCUUCAAUCCGUUGAACAGAAUGAGUCCCAUUUCAACUCAAUACUAACAUGGGUCACUUUUGACAAUACUGGGCAAGGUUGGAAGCAAACAACUAUAAGACAGGUUCAAGGUAAAGGUAUUGUUCACUAUGCAGCCAUAGAAACAAGUUGUACAGCCCUAUAUAUUGCUUCUGACCAUAUAUUUAAGUUCACAUCUGAUUCUGAAACGGAAAUUAAAGAAGAAGUAAAAGAUGCACCAAGGACUAUAAUUUACACAUGGUUGCAGACAACUGAAGACAUAACUGUAACAUUGAAAUUAGAAUCAAAUUUUGAUAGGAAACUUCUUAUUGUAAGUGUAACCCCGUUGUUAAUUAAAGUGAGUUACGCUGGCAAAGUAUUUAUUGAUGGGAGACUAAAACACAAAGUUGACAGUGAAUUAACUACAUGGAAUGUUCAGGAGAAUGGUCAGGUUGACAUUUUACUCACAAAAUCCGAGAGCAUGUUGUGGGACGAAAUAAUAACAGGUGGUGAUCGAAACGGUGAGCAGAUUAUGGAUGCUAGUUUGGUGGAAGAGGUACAUAGAAGACUGGCACACUUAUGUUCAGAAACAGAAGUUACAACUGAUCAAACUGUGCCUGGGUUAGCUACGCAGGAUCUAGAGGAGUGUGAUGCAGCAUCAGAAGAAGAUACUGUAUUAGUGAGAUUGGAUGCUGCAACACACAAAGUUACACAUAGAGCCCCACUGAGUGUCCAUCAAUUCCUCUUCAGUAUUAGAAUAGAAACUCAAGAAGUACCUGUGCUAGCAUUACGUCAUGAUGUAGAUGCCUGUAUUUGGCAGCCUUACGCACAACUGAUUAACUCAGAGACAUGGCCUGUUAAACACCAAGGAACUCUAAGUGCGUUUGGCUAUGUGCAGUCAUCAAAGCAGAACCGUAAAUUUGUUACGUGCCCACCAAAUUUUUCUUAUAGUGUUGUCUGUGAAGCUUCAAAACAUAUUUUCAUAUACCAGAGUGGGAGUAACAGUGACUGUCAGCUGAGGAAAAGAACAGGGGGCGCUAUGAAGAAUGUGAAGGUCGGUCAACAGCAUGUAUUUAAUAUUGAUAAGUAUGGCGAAGUGUUAGGUAUAAAUGCCACCAAUGAAUAUUUAUUUAUACUGACAGAAACUAAAUUAAUAGCUAUAGAGAUACAGUGA